UAUUGAGAUAUGAGACCGCAUAACUGCACAAGCGCAACGGCAUAACGACGAGUGACGGGCGACGGUUGAGGAUUGACGAAUUAGGCCGGACUAUAGUGAAGUUGACACUGUUGACAGUUCAACUUUCAGCAGUUGUUCAUAUUUGUUUUGCACAAAACAGUGCUACUAGUUUUUUGAUAUUUUGUUUUUUUUAUUACCUCUUCGAGGAUAUCGUUUGCAUCUGAAACGAUCAGAUUGCUAGAUUUAGUGCGAAUUGUCUUCUCCGUUGAGGCGAUGUCGUCGUUAAAUCAUAUCCUCCUCAAAUCGUCCAUAAGCUGCUAGCUGAUAUACCGAUCUACCUCCACUGGGUCGUGGUAGAGUCUUCUUCAAAAUGAACAAGCUGGAUUUUAAAUUUGAACUGCACAAGAAAUAUUUUCGUCGCUCGUUGGACCUGUUGCCCGGCGAAGUGCUGUUCGAUUAUUCGAGACUCACCAUACUGUAUUUCGCGCUCAUUGGUUUGGAUAUAUUGGACGGUUUAGAUUCGCUGUCCGAAGACCGUAAGAAAGACAUCAUCGAAUGGGUGUACAGGCUGCAGUUGGUACCUAAUGAAAAUUGUUCUGUGCACAAAUGUGGUUUCAUGGGUUCCACCACUGUCAUUCAUUUGAAGAAUCAUCCAGGCUCUGAAAAGUAUUGCGAAAGUAAUGUUGCUAUGACAUAUAUGGCAUUAUGUAUUCUGAUUACAAUGGGUGACAAUCUGAGUCGUGUUAAUAAAUCGGCUGUACUUCAAGGUGUAGCGUCUCUGCAAAAGCCAGAUGGAAGUUUCAAAAGCAACUACGAACAUGGUGAGAGUGAUUUGAGAUUUGUGUACUGUUCACUUGCAAUAUGCAACAUAUUGAAUGAUUCCUCGGGUAUUAAUGUAAAUAAUGCUAUUAAAUUUAUUUCAAAAUGUUUGAACUACGACGGAGCGUUUGGACAAAACCCAGGAACUGAAUCGCACGGUGGUUCUACUUAUUGUGCUGUUGCAUCAUUAUCUCUAUUAAAUAAAUUAAAUCUUGUUUUAGAUGAUAAUAAAUCAAAAAUAUUAGAGCGCUGGGCAGUAAAUCGACAAACCAAAGGUGGUUUUCAAGGAAGACCUAAUAAAGAAGCAGAUACUUGUUAUUCCUUCUGGUUGGGUGCUACACUCAGUAUUAUGGGAUCACUAAAUAGAAUAAACUCGGAGAGGAAUAGGGCUUUUGCUCUACAUAAUGCUAACUUGAUAACUGGUGGAUUUAGUAAAAACAUGGAGUCUAUACCAGAUCCAAUGCAUACUUGCUUAAGCUUAUGCGGAUUAAGUUUGAUUGGUGAAGAAAACCUAAACCCUAUUAAUCCUGCAUUAAAUAUUACUGUGAGAGCAACAAAUUAUUUAAAACAAAUUCAAGCAGAUAGUACAUCACCGAACAAAAACAUAUUCAAUACAGAUACUGAUUAUUAAAUUAAUUACCUAUAUUAUGUGUUAAUUUUUAAGAUAUAAUAAAACAAGUAAUUAGUCAACUUAAA